AAUAGAACAUGAUCUGAAACCAAGACUGACAGAGUUACUCACACAUCAUCGCCCAUCCACUGCGCCCACUUAUGAUUGCCAGCAUCACUGUAUUAUGUGCAGAUGGUCGGGUCGCUAACACUCUCCCUCGCAGGAUGUAUGUAUGCACUCUCAACUUUUUCGUCUCCACUUCCCCCUCCUCGACGGACUAGACCAGACAGACAGCACUGGCAAUGCGGUCGACACUGCCUGGUGAGUCACGACGGACUUGUUCCUGGAGGGGAUACUGUCAGGAUUCGCCAUAGCAUCAGGGCAUCAUCGUCAUUGGCAGUGCUGCACCCAUCCGCAUUGAGCAAAGCACCGCAUCACUUGUCGAGGACUGAACGACGUGAGAAGCUUCCGACAGCUCGGUGGAUCAUUGUGGGGACCCGUGAGUGUCCCAUGGAAUGAAAAGGAAAGGUUUGACAUGUGACUCAGUCCACGUGAUUCACCGUUCUUUCCCCCGGAUGAAGUUAGCACUGAUCAGUGCACGCAGAUUCCUCCUGUUCCUGAGUCAGAUCGAGAUUGCGGUCUGACAUACUCCCCAGAAUCGAUGCUGUCCCACCUGUGGAUGACGCCCGUAAUGCUCUUUCUAGCGUCUCUCACCG